GAAUGGUAUUUUGUGCCCUUGGCCCGUACGGUCAUAUUAUUUUCAGCUGCUCGAAUAAUAUUUCAGGUCAUAUAAAUUGGACUGAAUAUUAGUAAAUAAAACAACAAUAUGGCCGAUAACGCAGAACCACUGACUUUGUCCAAAGAUGUCAAAAGAUCGAUAGAGCUCCUGGAAAAGCUGCAAGCGAGUGGAGACUUCCCCACGACAAAACUGGCCGCCCUGCAGAAGGUGCUCAACUCCGACUUCAUGACCUCCGUCCGGGAGGUGUACGAGCACGUCUACGAGACGGUGGACAUCCAGGGAUCCCACGACGUGAGGGCUUCCGCCACAGCCAAGGCCACUGUGGCAGCUUUCGCAGCCAGCGAAGGGCACGCUCAUCCCAGAGUCGUUGAGCUGCCCAAAACGGAGGAGGGCUUGGGUUUCAAUGUAAUGGGAGGCAAGGAGCAAAAUUCGCCCAUCUAUAUAUCCCGAAUAAUACCUGGAGGUGUGGCUGACAGGCAUGGAGGACUGAAAAGGGGCGAUCAACUUCUAUCUGUGAAUGGUGUGUCUGUUGAAGGAGAAAACCACGAGAAGGCCGUGGAGCUAUUAAAGCAAGCUGUCGGAUCCGUGAAGUUGGUGGUACGCUACACACCGAAGGUCCUGGAGGAAAUGGAAAUGCGAUUUGAUAAGCAACGCAACACACGUCGUCGCCAAUAAGGCACAUCGGCAAAAACUUGUGCCAUAGUAGUUUUUGCCAUUAGACCAUGCUGUUAUGCACGUAUGCGUAAAUCAAGCCCUUACGAAUAACAUAAUUUAACACAAAUACCAUUUAAAUAUUAUUUAUUACAAAGAAACUCUGAAAAAUUACUCUUUAAUCGUAAAAAGUGAGUGUUAUGUAUUUGUAACUAAUUACCAUGUUGGUUUUUGUUCCAAUAAAUGUAAUUUAAAUUGUCAGACAAUGGGAA